AAAAAUGGUAAGCCUACUUAAAUGCACGAAACUGAACUAACCAUCCCAGGAAAUGUUUAGAGUUAUGGUGUUUAGCUCCUCCAUCAUUAACUCAUGGAAAUUCAGCGUAACAGGGAGUUUCAUUGGGUGCAUCAUCUUGCUCAUUUUUCUCAACCAACUUAACCAAAAUGUAAGUUUUUCAGCUGCAAAAAACACUGUCCUGUUUGCUGAAGCAGAUGCACCUACAUCAAAUGUGAUUGCCGAACCUCAGCAUCCUUCUAUUUCUUCCAGUUUGACUCCCCCUUCCAUCAACGAAACCGCCGAGCUAGAGACUUUUACCUCUAAUCUUACACAAAAACAACCAAACUCAACUCACUUUAACGAUACAACAAUGCCUAAAAUCUCUCUGAACACCUUAAGAAAACAAACAAACAAAUCUACUGAAAAAAAAUGCAAUAUGUUCGAAGGAAGAUGGGUUUACCAACCGGAUGAAAAUCCUAUUUACGAUAACAAUAGUUGUUGGUUCAUAGAAGAAAAGAUGAGUUGCCAAAAGAAUGGAAGGCCCGAUUUCGAGUAUGAGAAGUGGAGAUGGGAAGCUAAAGAUUGUGAUAUACCAUUGUUUAAUGGAAGAGACAUGCUUGAAAGGCUAAGAAACAAGAGGGUAAUUAUAGUUGGAGACUCACUUAACAGAAACAUGUGGGAAUCUCUCGCUUGUCUUCUAUUGUCAUAUGUUUCUCCUUCUAGAGCUGAAGUUCAACAUAGAAGUUCACGAUAUAAGGUCUUCAAAGCAAAGGACUAUAAUACCACUGUUGAGUUUCACUGGAGCCCAUAUUUAGUCGAAUAUGAUAUGAAGCGUAAAAGUGGUAAAAAAAUUCUUGUGCUCGACAAGAUUUCAUCCAAUUCCCAACAAUGGCUAGGCGCUGAUGUUAUGAUAUUCAACUCAGGGCACUGGUGGACUCACAAAGGAACUGUCAAAAAGUGGGAUUUGUUAAAAUAUGACGGGAAGCUGCUGGAGUGGAUGCCAGUUGAACAAGCGUAUAAGUUGGGCAUGAAAAUAUGGGCCAAAUGGAUAAAUAAAAAUGUAGAUCCAAAGAAAACAACUGUAUUUUUCAGGAGCAUUUCCGAAAAUCACAAUAAAAAGGGAGGGUGCUAUGACAUGGUUCAACCUACCAUGGAUGAAACUUAUACAGACCACUUUCCACAAUCUUUGGUCAAUGUUAUCGUGAGUCUGAUCCAUAAAAUGAACAAAAUAGAAGUAAAGUAUUUGAACAUCACCAAGCUUUCUGAGUAUAGAAUUGAUGCGCAUUCCUCUGUGUAUAGCAGCAGUACAUGGGAGAUUAACACCACUAAAUACCAAAGAUUAGUACCUUCAUUUGCAGAUUGUAGUCAUUGGUGCCUUCCUGGAUUGCCGGAUACUUGGAAUCGUCUAUUGUAUGCUUCACUUUAUUUGUAGUAAGAAAAUUCAUGUAAUUAACGAUUUUUCCUUUGAGUUUUUCAUAUAUAUUAUUCUAUAGUUCAUUUUACAUAUGUCAAAGAUGUGUAGGUUGACAAAGUGUACUAUGGGAGAUUCCA